AUGGAGCGCGGGCUGCACCUCGGCGCGGCGGCCGCGGGCGACGACGACCUGUUCCUGCACAAGAGCCUGAGCGCUUCCACCGCCAAGCGCUUGGAGGCGGCUUUCCGCUCCACGCCCCCGGGCAUGGACCUGUCCCUGGCGCCGCCGCCGCCGCCGCCGCCCCGGGAACGCCCGGCGUCGUCGUCCUCGUCGCCCCUCGGCUGCUUCGAGCCGGCUGACCCCGAAGGGGCAGGGCUGCUGCUGCCGCCGCCCGGAGGAGGCGGCGGAGGCGGCGGCGGCGGGGUGAGUGUCCCCGGGCUGCUGGUGGGCUCAGCCGGCGUUGGGGGUGACCCGAGCCUGAGCAGCCUGCCGGCGGGGGCCGCCCUGUGCCUCAAGUACGGCGAGGGCGCCGGCCGAGGCUCGGUGGUGGCGGAGAGCAGCGGUGGCGAGCAGAGCCCCGACGACGACAGCGACGGUCGCUGCGAGCUGGUGCUCCGGGCGGGAGGCGGCGACCCGCGGGCAUCCCCGGGCGCGGGAGGAGGUGGCGGCGGCGGCGGCGGCGCCAAGGCGGCCGAGGGCAGCUCCAACGCCCACCUCCACGGCGGCGCCAGCGUCCCCCCGGGGGGUCCUGGAGGCGGCGGCGGGGGUAGCGGUAGCGCCGGCGGCGGCGGCGGCGGCAGUAGCAAGAAAUCCAAAGAGCAAAAGGCGCUGCGGCUCAACAUCAACGCCCGCGAGCGGCGGCGGAUGCACGACCUGAACGACGCGCUGGACGAGCUGCGCGCGGUCAUCCCCUACGCGCACAGCCCCUCGGUGCGCAAGCUGUCCAAGAUCGCCACGCUGCUGCUGGCCAAGAACUACAUCCUGAUGCAGGCGCAGGCCCUGGAGGAGAUGCGGCGCCUCGUCGCCUACCUCAACCAGGGCCAGGCCAUCUCCGCGGCCUCCCUGCCCAGCUCGGCGGCCGCGGCCGCGGCGGCCGCGGCCCUGCACCCCGCGCUCGGCGCCUACGAGCAGGCGGCCGGCUACCCGUUCAGCGCAGGGCUGCCCCCCGCCGCCUCCUGUCCCGAGAAGUGCGCCCUGUUCAACAGCGUCUCCUCCAGCCUCUGCAAACAGUGCACGGAGAAGCCUUAAACAUCCUCCCGCACCCCCCCCCCCAACCUCGGAAACCACAAGACCGACCCACAAGCUACAGAAAAGCGAAAAGCUGUCCCCCCCAAUCCCUUUUAUUUUGGUCCUCUCCUAGUUGUGAAACCCUUGCAGAGUGAACGGUGCAGAACUGAGAAGUUCCAGAGACAAACCGGACUUUUAGCCUGGACGUCCUCAGAAUCUCGGCCUGUGGGGUGGGACGGAGGGAGGAGGGAGGUGGAGUGGGGAUGAAGUGUGGAUGUCUUUUUUUUCUCCUUCUUCUUUUUCUCAGAAAAGUGGCAACUUUAGUGGCAGCCCAGAUCCAGAAGAAGAACUCUUCCUUGAAGGUGAAAAUAAAUUGAGAAGUAGUGCUUGAUUAAGCCUGAAGAGUGUUAGAUGAAAAAAAAAAAAAAAAAAAAAAACCUACUAAAAACUGUGAAUCUAGCUAGUGCUGGAGGGGACCAACCAGAGGGGUCCAGGUCUGGGAGGCAUGGGGGACAGAAUAUUCAUCCAGACAACUCAAGAAAGGGUACUCUAUAAUAAAUUUUGAUUCUGAGCCAGGAGAAAACUUGAAAUGUGGACUUAUUUAAGUGGGACUGGGGGGAGGGGCAGAAGAGACAUGUUGCUAUGAAAAACUUGUAUUUUUUAUUGUCUCUGAACUUAAAUCCUGUGAAAAUGCUCAAAAAGUUUUGGCGAGAGUAAUACAAGAAAAAAAAAAACUGACUGUGGCAGAAAGAAUUGCAUUUAAAGUAUUUAUGUGCACCUUGUUACUUUCUACUCUGCAAUGAUGUAUUAACAAUCCAUGGUAUUUAUUUGUUACUCUCCAAUGGUCAUUCCGCAUCAACAGUAUUUAUCAUGUGUUAAAGUCAUGGGUCCUAUGUGUAGAUUUUUAAAUUUCUGUUUUAUAGAUUAAUUUAUAAUGUGUGCCAAGUGUUUAAAGGUUUAUUUGCCAACAAGUAUGAAGAAAAAAAUAUUGAUGUAUCUGAGCUGCUUAGGUUUUGAAAGGUCACCUGGAUACUUUUCAGUUGCAUCAUCCCUGUAUUUAAAUUGAGCUUUAAUAAAUUGCUUCAGUCCAAAAAUUACAGGAAAGGUGUAUUCUUAAUUGAUGAAUGAAUUGAUCUCUUUUUUUUGGAAAGGGGACUUCUUUGCAUUCCAAAAGGGAAUAACAUCACAGCAAUAGAUCCUAUAAGUAAGAACGUGCUGAGCAAAUAUUUUUCCAGGCUGUGCUGUGCAUUUUAAAAGGUCUAAUUAAAUUGCUUUUAAUAUAUGUAUAUAUAUAUUAUUUAACUGUGGAAAAUUAUUAAGUUAAAAGAUUGGUUUGAUUUGCUUAUGGUGUGAAAUCUUUUGUUAUUUUUCUAAAAAAAAUAAUAAAAUCUUAAAAGAAAUAAAUUAAGGUAAGGAAGAACAAGAAGCUAUUUACCCAAAGUGAGCUUUCAGUUUUAGUUUGCAUGGCUAUCUGCCUGCCUUUCCUUCCUAUAAAAUCAAGAAAACCUCUUUUUAAAAAUGGAGUCCUGCUAUUUUCCACUCCUUGCAAAUAAUACAAAUUCAAUUUGUCAGGUUGGAUGUUGAGUUGGGAGCUGUGAUGGGACUGUGGUGAGUUUUGAAUAUGUAAAGAAUGAUAUAUAUAUAUAUAUAUUAAAUAGGUCAAUCAGACUGACAGCUAUGUAUGACCAUUUGUAUGUGUAUCUAUGUCAGAAAGAAUCUUUAUUAAAAUAUUUUGAUCAAA